AUGAUACCGAUAAAAGCAUGCGUAGUUUGGAAUGAAGUCGAGGUAGAAUGGCAGAGGAAGAGCGAUGAUAGUUACCGAGAAGGAGAUGUAAAAAAGGGUAGAGGUGUCGAAAGAUUGGUACUAGGCGUAGUAGCAAACGGAGUCUAUUCCCUACGAGGCCCUAUAGCCAUAGCUCAUAGACGCAGACUAUUUUCAACGUCUGGUCCUGACACUAUCCCCAAGAAGCGAGAUGGUCGUAUGAUAGCCACAAAAGAAGACAAUAACCGAGUGGAAGGCGAGAGUAGAACGAAACGGGUAGUUCUUCCUUUCAUUCCUACACGAUAUGUGACAGUGUAUGACCGUACGGCAAGAAGUAAGCGAGGUGAUGACCAAGGAGAGAGUGACGACUUUUGGAGCAGAAUGUGGUUAAAACAUGGAUGCCUCCAACCAGAACCAACAUUGUACAUAGGAAGGAAAUGA